UGUCAGUUCAGGCUGGCUGGUGUUGUUUCAGUUAAAACAGCCUUCUGUCGACUCCGUAUUUAACAAGACAAGAAAGAGGGGAAUUUCACAGGCCGCCGCCGUCCCACCGUCGCAACCUCCUCUUGCCCAGUCCUGCCGCCGUGGAAGCCUCCAACGAUAUCUGCCGUCUUCCCGAUCCGGAUCAAAUCUGCCCCACGCCGCAGAACCAUAUCCCCCCGUCGGAUGCGCCGGCCGUGCUGCUGCUAUUCCUCGUAUCACCUGCCGCCGGUGAGUGCUUUGCCUGUUAGCCUUGGCUGGCAGAGGGGAUAUGGUUAUUGCUGAUUAUAGGUCUGAGAUGCACCUUCUCAAUCCCAUCACUGGGGAACAGUUUGCUCUUCCAUCUGUGAUCACCCUUGAGCAUGUGACACCCAUCCUCGAUGAAUCAGGUGCCAUAUGCAAGUAUCGUCUCAUGCGAUUUACCUUUACGGAUCUAGCUUUGACCCUUGAUCUUAGUGAGCUGCGGGAACACCUCGAUUGCAAGGCAUUUGUUUUUUAUGACACACUUGCAGAAGGUUAUAUCGUGGUACUCAUCCACAAACCAGUUGCACAGCUUUCAUUUGCUUGGUUAGGGGAUGACAAGUGGACCUGGCUGUCACCAAAGGAUGGUCUGCCCAAUAAAAGUUUUGAAGACUGUGCCUACAAGGAUGGUCUGCUUUAUGCUAGUGCUAGACCCGGACAAAUUUUCGCCAUCGAUCUAAGAGGCCCUAUUAUCACAGCAAAAUUAAUCAUCGAAGGGGAUCCAAUUGAUGGCUGUGAGUAUAUUUAUAUUGUUCAUUCUCCUUGUGGUGCUCUGCUGCAAGUUCGGUUGGAACCAGACGCAGACAGGUGUGAAGAAGAUACUGAGAUGAUUAACAUAUUUAAAGUUGAUACCGCAGCUCAAAAGCUUGUGAAAAUAAGCUUGGAUGAUCAUGUGUUGGUUCCUGGGCAUAACCAAUCAUCACUUUGUCUCGGUGCUAAAGAAUAUCCACAGUUAAAGGCAAAUCAUGUCUACUGUACCCUUAGAGAUGUCGAAUUUAUUACAGAUUUCGCAUACCUGAACUAUUAUACUGUAGUCUUUGACUUGGCAAAUAACAGCAGAGAGGAUCUUUUACCCCCUCAGUUUCGGUCCAACUUGCCCGCUCCCAUAUGGAUAACACCCACACUUACAAAACUGAGCCCGACACCAGUUUAGAGUUCACAAGUUUGUAAUCAGGCGUGCCUGCGAGCCGCUUAUAUUUGCUUCAUUGUAUUGUCACUGCGUGUAUACAACACGUGCAUCAGUCAUUUCGUUUGAGCUUUUGUUUUUCUAUUUAUGGUUGCUCUGAAAUGUAGCAUUUUUAACCUGUAGCUACGGGCUUUUCGAUCUGCUAUCAUGGUUGAGCUCUAA